AUGGAGAAUCUGCCGCUGGGGUUUAGGUUCUACCCAACAGAAGAAGAACUGGUUUCAUUUUAUCUGCGAAGAAAACUCCAAGGAGCAACAUCUGCCGACAUUAAUCUUGUCAUUCCUGUUGUUAACAUUUAUCAUCACAGUCCAUGCCACCUCCCACAGGUGGCCGGAGAGCUGAGCCGUGGAGACAGCGAGCAGUGGUUUUAUUUCAUUCCCGGGGAAGAGAACAGAGCCAGAGGAGGAAAACCCAACAGGCUAACGAGAGAUGGGUACUGGAAAGCAACUGGAUCUCCUAGCUUUGUGUAUUCCUCCAACAAUGAAAUCAUAGGAGAGAAAAGGACAAUGGUUUUCCACACCGGACGAGCUCCCGGAGGAACAAGAACACAAUGGAAGAUGAACGAGUACAAAGCCGCCGCCCAGGUUGUCGGAGGACAAGGCGGAGCCUCAGCAUCAUGCGACGCCAUUGCAGAUUUAAAGCUAUGCCAUGAGUUCAGCUUGUGCCGAUUGUAUAAAAAGUCAAAGUGUGAUCGGUCAUUUGACAGGAGGCCACCGGAAAUGGCAGCUGCAACAGGCGGAGCUCCCCCACCGGCGCCGCAACAUAACCAUCUGCCGGCGGCAUUAAUGGAGAGGAGUAGCUCAUCUACAGCAGACGACUACGCUACCCCUCCUAGUGCCAUGGAAUAUCAGUAUUACUGGGAUACUUGUGCGCCUCUGUGGGAUUGGGAAGACCUCAACAUUAAUCUAUUAUAA